CGCACAUGCGCUUUGAGGGAAGAUGGCACCUGCCGGCUGCUGCUGCUGCUGCUGGGGCGGCGCUGUGCCUGCCACGGGCGCUGCCCGGCGCCUCCUGCUGCUGCUGCUGUUGUUGGGGGCCCUGCCCGCCGAGUUGCACCCCGGGGCUCUGGCCACCGAGUACUACUCGCCGCUGUCCCUGCUCAAGCAGGAGCUACAGCACCGGCAGCAGCAGGAGACCCCGGCGGGAGGCGGAGGCUGCAACCCGCAAUCUGGGGACUGGGGGGACCAGUACUCGGCCGAGUGCGGCGACUCAUCCUUUAUGAACUUCCACGAUUCAGACUGCGAGCCUAAAGGAUCACCACCCUGUGACUCUUUGCUUUCCCUCAACACAGAAAAAAUUCUGAGCCAGGCCAAGUCUAUUGCAGAACAAAAGAGAUUCCCGUUUGCUACUGAUAAUGACAGCACAAAUGAAGAGUUAGCUAUUGCUUAUGUGUUGAUUGGCAGUGGUCUCUAUGAUGAAGCGAUAAGGCAUUUUUCAACAAUGCUUCAGGAGGAACCUGAUCUGGUUAGUGCAAUUUAUGGCCGAGGGAUAGCCUAUGGAAAGAAGGGACUACAUGACAUUAAGAAUGCUGAGCUUGCUCUGUUUGAAUUGAGCCGAGUAAUUACCUUGGAACCAGAUCGUCCAGAGGUAUUUGAGCAGCGAGCAGAAAUUCUAUCUCCUCUGGGUCGAAUCAAUGAAGCAGUGAGUGAUCUCACUAAAGCUAUCCAACUCCAGCCUUCAGCACGGCUGUAUAGGCACCGGGGGACCCUAUACUUCAUAUCAGAGGACUAUGCAACAGCCCAUGAAGACUUUCAGCAGUCCUUAGAACUGAACAAAAAUCAGCCUAUAGCUAUGCUAUACAAAGGUUUAACUUUCUUUCACAGAGGACUUUUGAAGGAAGCUAUUGAAUCCUUCAAAGAGGCUUUGAAGCAGAAAGUUGACUUUAUUGAUGCAUAUAAAAGUCUGGGGCAGGCCUACAGAGAACUGGGCAAUUUUGAAGCAGCCACUGAGAGCUUUCAGAAGGCACUGUUGCUCAACCAAAACCAUGUGCAAACCCUGCAACUCCGGGGGAUGAUGCUUUAUCAUCAUGGAAGCUUACAGGAAGCCCUGAAGAACUUUAAGCGGUGUCUACAGCUAGAGCCAUAUAAUGAAGUGUGCCAGUAUAUGAAAGGACUCAGCCACGUUGCAAUGGGACAGUUUUAUGAAGGGAUAAAAGCACAAACUAAAGUUAUGCUAAAUGAUCCUCUCCCGGGUCAGAAGGCUAGCCCAGAGUAUCUUAAAGUAAAAUAUCUCCGAGAGUAUUCUCGAUAUCUUCAUGCUCACCUUGAUACCCCCCUUGUGGAAUAUAACAUUGAUAUGGAUCUACCUGGAAGCUUUAAGGAUCAUUGGGCUAAAAACCUGCCCUUCCUCAUAGAAGACUAUGAAGAGCAGCCAGGGUUGCAACCUCACAUAAGAGAUGUGUUACAUCAGAAUUUUGAGAGUUAUAAGCCUGAAGUACAAGAGCUGAUUUGUGUAGCGGAUCGUUUGGGAUCACUGAUGCAAUAUGAAACACCUGGUUUCCUGCCAAACAAGAGAAUACACAGAGCUAUGGGCUUGGCAGCACUGGAAGUCAUGCAGGCUGUACAGCGCACCUGGACCAACUCAAAGGUGCGAAUGAAUGGGAAAACUCGCCUGAUGCAAUGGAGAGAUAUGUUUGACAUUGCAGUAAAAUGGAGAAGAAUUGCUGAUCCAGACCAGCCUGUGCUAUGGUUAGAUCAAAUGCCAGCAAGAAGUCUUAGCAGAGGUUUUAAUAAUCACAUCAAUUUAAUCAGGGGUCAAGUGAUUAACAUGAGAUACCUGGAAUAUUUUGAGAAAAUACUUCAUUUUAUUAAAGAUAGAAUUCUUGUUUAUCAUGGAGCUAAUAAUCCUAAAGGAUUGUUGGAAGUUAGAGAAGCUCUGGAAAAGGUACACAAAGUAGAAGACCUUCUUCCAAUUAUGAAGCAGUUUAAUACUAAAACAAAGGAUGGGUUCACUGUGAACACAAAAGUCCCCAGCCUGAAAGAUCCAGGGAAGGAAUAUGAUGGAUUCACAAUCACUAUUACAGGAGACAAAGUAGGCAAUAUACUAUUUUCUGUGGAAACGCAAACCACAGAAGAAAGAACACAAUUAUAUCAUGCUGAAAUAGAUGCGCUUUAUAAAGAUCUGACAGCAAAAGGGAAGGUAUUAAUUCUCUCAUCAGAAUUUGGGGAGACUGAUGCUGUUUGCAACUUAAUCUUAUCCUUAGUUUAUUACUUUUACAAUUUAAUGCCCCUCUCUCGAGGAUCCAGUGUAAUAGCUUAUUCGGUGAUAGUGGGAGCAUUGAUGGCAAGUGGAAAAGAAGUAGCAGGAAAAAUUCCCAAAGGAAAGUUAGUUGACUUUGAAGCUAUGACAGCGCCUGGUUCAGAGGCCUUUACCAAAGUAGCUAAAAGCUGGAUGAACUUGAAAAGUAUUUCUCCGUCUUAUAAGAUUCUACCAUCAGUAUCAGAGACGUUUCCAACGUUAAGAUCAAUGAUUGAGGUGCUAAACACAGACUCUUCUCCACGUUGUCUUAAGAAAUUCUAAUUACUCAGUAGUAUUUAUACAAGUAAAGGGCCGGGACCUCUUGCUUCUUAAGUUAUUUUUUAAAAACAUGGAAUUAUACAGAAAUUAGGUCCUUUAUUAUUUUUGAUACCGAUUUUUGAUAGGAAUUGAAUACUUGAAAUCAUUUUCUUUACUUUUCUGAACCAUAACAAAAAUCAUGAAAGAGGCUUUUCAGGAGUAAAGAAAGCUAUAUGUAUGGGAGGAAAAGUAUAUGUACGGGAGGAAAAAUAUAUGUACUGGCCAAUGGCCUAUUGGUUUCCACUUGUAAAGGUCAUACAACUAGUUCCCUACAGCAAAAAAAAAGACCAAAAAAUAAUUAAAAUGAACAGAACCAACAAUAAAACAUAAGUGUUCUCAUUCCUUUAAAGAUAUGGGUAUUUUUUCAAUAACUUUCUCUUUAUGCACUUUGUGAGAAUGUCGUUUUUCAACUCAUGUAACUUUCAUAUAUGUGGUCUCUAUUUCAUUUGACUAUGAAAGAUUUGUGGGCCAUGGACGUGCACCACAGAACUCACAUGGCCAGGAACAGUUAUUUUGUGUGACACAGACAGUAUCUGCCAAUGACCAAACACUGAAUUAUUGAAACAUGGUUUUCCUUUGUUGGGGUGGGGGAAAAAAUCAGGGGUGAUUUCUAUAAAUCACCGGUUUU